AUGGUUACCCGUUUCCUGGACCUGAAGAGACCACUCCCUCUAAUGCCACCCUCGGCAUUUGAAGACAGCGUGAGUUACCAUUACAUGACACAUCAGAGAACUGCGGGAAGGGGACGCCACACGAAGGACGUUCCAAACGAAAGUGAGCAACUCAACCCCUCCAUGAAGGGCCCUUCCAGAAGGCCGUUAACCAAGGCCACAGCGUCUGAGCGUGUGAAAGGACUUUUAUUUUGCUUCUCUGAACUGCUGUGCGUUUGUGACGUCAUCAAUGCUGCGCCGUUUGUUGUUGUUUGGCUGAGGAUUCCAGAUGAGGAAAAACUCCAGGUGAAUCGACAAACUGCUGUAAAGAUGGAGUUUAUUAAAGAAGAGAGUGAAGACAUCAGUAUUACAGCAGAAUGCGGAAUAAAAUGUGAAGAUACUGAGGAAAAAAUAGACCUGAUGAAGCUGAAAGAGGAAAGACAAGAACUGAAUGAAGAGGAGGAAAAACAUCAGUAUCAGAUAACUGAUGAUGUCAUUACUGGAGUACAAACUUUAAGUUGCUCAAAGACUGGAGAAACAAAAUCUAAAAAAUCUUUCACUUGUCCUCAAUGUGGAAAGAGUUUCACAUGUAAAGGAAACUUUAAUCGUCACGUAAGAAUUCACACUGAAGGGAAGCCUUACACAUGCCAUCAGUGUGGAAGGAGUUUCAAAUCCCGAGUAAGCCUUUUUAACCACAUGAGAUUUCACACUAGAGUGGACACUGUCACAUGCCCUCAGUGUGGAAAGAGUUGCAAAUGUAAAGUAGGGCUUGAAAAUCACAUGAGAAUUCACACUAGAGUGAAGCGUUUCCCAUGUUAUCAGUGUGGAAAGAGUUACAUAUAUAAAAAAAGCAGUGAUUGUCAUACAGCAGUUCAUAUUAGAAAUAAGUCUUUCACAUGCCCUCAGUGUGGAAAGAGUUUCACACAAAAAGGAAGCCUUAAUAUCCACAUGAGAAUUCACUCUGGAGAGAAGCCUUUCACCUGCAAACAGUGUGUAAAGAGUUUUACAAAGAAAGAAAACCUAAAGCAACACAUGAGACUUCACACUGGAGAGAAGCCUUUCACGUGCCAUCAGUGUGGAAAGAGUUUCACAAAUAAAGGAAGCCUGAAGCAACACUUGAGAAUUCACACUGUAGAGAGCCCUUUUAAAUGCCUUCAGUGUAAAAAGAGUUUUACACAAAAAGGAAGCCUUAAUAUCCACAUGAGAAUUCACACUGGAGAGAAACCUUUCACAUGUCUUCAGUGUGGAAAGAGUUUCACACAAAAAGGAAGCCUUAAUAUCCACAUGAGAAUUCACACUGGAGAGAAGCCUUACAUAUGCCAUCACUGUGGAAAGAGUUUCAAAUUAAAAAGAGACCUUGAUAACCACAUAGGAAUUCACGCUGGAGAGAAGCAUUUUUACAUGCCAUCAGAAUCGGAAUCAGAAUCAGAAAGAACUUCAUUGCCAAGUUUGCUCACAGACUCAAGGAAUAUUUCUUCAGUGACAGAAGCUUCCAAUACACAAAAUAAAAAGAGUAAUAUAAGAUAAUUAUUUUAAAGAAAUAUAAUAGCAAACAGGACAGGGUACACCACAAUAUCCCUGGUGUUAAAUUAACACUCCUUGGUGUUUCCUCGAGUCCACUCUACAAGAGUGUUAAAAACUAACACUGAGCAGUGUUGAAUCUACUCUGUGUUGUGUUGAAUGAUGAACUGGCCAAACAGUUAAUGAGAUCAAGUAGAUACACUCUCUGAGUGAUGAUUGAUCAUUAGUGAUGACACCUGAUGUUAACAAGCAGAGUCUACUGAAGGAAAGAGAAACAACAAGAACAGGAAAACAAGAGAACAGACCAGCAAACACCACAACAAUUGAAUCUGUCUAACUGAGAUGUACAUCAACUGUAAAUAAAAUAGAUUAUUGGACAACAAUCUCUUAAUAUGUUGUGUGAGGAUGUUUAAGAAAUGUGGGUUAUUUUGUUUUUCAUAUGUGUACAAAAGUUAUUUUUAACAGAGGUUUGUUCUAUUUCAGUGUUGCUGAUGUCAUUGUUUAAUUUGUGUUCACUUUGGUUAGACACUUGAACUUUGGUUAAUCAUUGUGUGGUUUUCUUCUAGCCAGUACAGUAUUGUUCAAGAGGACAGUUGUGUUGUAUUAUGAAGAGGAUAUUUUUUGAUGAGGUCAAGUACCUCAUUGAGAGAUCAUUCAAAUUGUAAAGAAUAAAAGACAUAGCUUAACUUAAUGUUUGCUUUUGCUAUGGAAAUAUAAUUUAUAAAUAAUAAAGAUGGGUAGUUAUGUUUUAACAAAGUGAGCAUAUAAUUCCUCUUAGGGAUAAAAUUCUUGAGUUAUCAAUGAUACACACAGACAUCAAGACUCGGCAUACAAAACGCAACAAUGGUGGCAAUCAACAAACUCAUUUUCAGGCUCAUGCUGCAAUGCAUUGUGGGUGUCCACAUAGUACAUAACUCAACAUUGGCACCCAGCUUGCAUUGCGGCAUGAGCCUGAAAUUGAGUUUGUUGAUUGUCACCGUUGUUGCGUUUUUAUGUGAAAUGUUGAUGUCUGUAUUUCUUAUUGUCAGCUCAAAUGAUUAUCUACUCUAAUGACAGUAACUGCUCAACUUGUCACAACAGUAUCAUAUUGACCCAUCUUUAUUACCAUAUUCAGUCUGAGUUUUAAAAUUAUUUUCCACAAAUCAUAUUAGAAUGCCAUAUUAUAUAGGUCUUAGAGAUAUUUGCUCUUAACCAACUAUUUCUUUCUCCAUCACGAUGCAUUAUUGUUGUUCUCAUGAACAAUAUUGCACUGGUUUGUUCUCUUGUUUUCCUGUUCUUGUUUGUCUUUCCUUCAGUAGACUCUGCUUGUUAACAGCAGAUGUC